UCAAAAAUCCGACAUAUUACGUCCUACGUUUAAGAUUUUCUCAAAUUAAUAAUCAUAUAUUUUGAACUACAGUCAAUAAACAAAAAUGAAACUAACUCAAUUUUUACUCAGGCGUAAUCGACUUCCCAAUGGACAUUUGUUUAGAGGAAAAGAUCGUCUGGUGAAAAAGGUGGAGCCGCUACAUUUACGUAAAGUGGCACAGGAUUUUGAAGUAGAAGAACAAAAUAUGUUAUAUUUGCGAUAUCCGUAUCUGACUGAGGCUGAAAGUGCAGGCCACGCAAAGGCAUUGGGAAAUGCUGAUAAAAGGAAACAAAAGUUCCAGGAGCAAUCCAGAAGGAUGUUCAAAAAUGAUGUAACAUUAUAUGAACGGCUGAGCCACCUUCGAGUGAAGGAGUCAUGGGAAUAAGAAUAUAUUAUAGAAGUAGCAGAAUUAGAAAAUCUAUUUAAAAGACUCAACGACUCAUGAGUUUUAUGAAAAUAUCUAAAAUUCCAACAUGAUAUCAGGCAGUAAUGUGCUGGAGUUCCCUUCAAGAGUUUACUUGUUCUACUGCUACACAAAUUAUGUAUAAGUUUAUUAUAAUGUAGCCAAUAAAUUAGUUUAUCUUG